AUGGCCAUAUAUCAAGAAAUAAUUAUAAGAAAUAAUAGAGAGAGAAUUAUUGAAGGAACACCUCCAGGUUAUGUAGAUCUCUAUGUUGGAUGUUGGUCUUUUGACUCUAAUGAUCGUCCAACAUUAAAUACAAUAUUAUACGCGAUAACUGAGCUUGAGAAAUUAUUAGAAUCAUCUAAUAAAUUUAUUACAAAUAAUCUUGGUGGAAUUGAUUCUGAUCAAAAUAUGAAUAAUCAUGGUGAUUCACCGACUCCUCAAAAGUGUGUAUAA